AUGUUCAACAUCUCGAAUUUGGUGCAGAAGGCCCAGCAGUACAUCGAACCUACGCUCCACAACAUCGCCGCGCCCGCAUCGUCAGACCGCCGACCCUCCAAAGCCACCCUUUUCCGCUACCAAUUCAGGCUGCCCGACUCGCAAAAUCCACUUCAAGAGAUCACCGCCGAGCUUACCCUUCAGCCCCACCACUCCACGAGGGGCGCCGGCGACGUCAGCGCCGACAAGGAGCGCAGCCAGGGCAACCACUAUGUAGGGAAGCUGCACCUCAGCGAGAAGUAUCUCUGCUUCUCCACCCAGGGCUCCAGCUUCGCCAACACAGCCAGCUUGAGCGCGUCCAGCACCUUCACGGGGCAGACGCAUGGGGCGGGGCCUGCGGGAAAUGGUUUCACACUACCACUAUGCGGCAUACGGCGGGUAGAACGACUGCAUAGCCAGAGCUACAUGUUUGCGCUCGCAAUCACCACCUGGAAUGGUAUUCCCGACUCGGCCACACAGACGCCCGCUGGUCAGAAGCUUACCAUCCAGCUCGCGGGGUCGCGCCAGGCAUGUGAGCGCUUCUGCGAUGGUCUCAAGAAAGGGCUGAGAGAAGGCGUCAAGGACGUAGAGAACCUGCGCAAGGUAGUGGGCCAGUGUUACUCGGAGUAUCUGCUCACAGACGCCGAGGAGAAGAAGGCUGGGGACAAUGGGAAGCAGGCCAAAGAGCACCCAGACACCGGCCUGGGCGUGCUGUUCAGGUACCCCGGCAAUGCCCGAAAACUGAGGGAUGCGACCAAGAUACGGUUAUGGCGCGAGUAUCUGAAAGAUAACGGCCGAAGCGCGACCCUCAUUCGGCAACCCACUUUCCACAAACUUAUUCGCGUCGGUCUACCCAAUCGCCUGCGCGGUGAGAUGUGGGAGCUCACAUCGGGUGCCUUCUUCUUGCGCCUGCAGAACCCCAACCUUUACACCGAAACGCUACAAAUGUACUCUGGGAGAGAGUCACUGGCCAUAGACGAGAUUGAAAAAGAUCUCAACAGAAGUCUGCCAGAAUACCCUGGUUUCCAGAGUGAAGAGGGCAUCGGUCGGCUCCGGAGAGUCUUGACUGCAUACAGCUGGACCAACGAAGAGGUUGGCUACUGCCAGGCGAUGAACAUUGUGGUCGCAGCAUUGCUCAUAUACAUGUCCGAAUCUCAGGCCUUCUUCCUCCUUUCCGUGCUGUGUGAUCGCCUUCUGCCCGGGUACUACUCGCAAACCAUGUACGGCACCCUACUGGACCAGAAGGUUUUCGAAUCACUUGUUGAAAAGACCAUGCCCAUACUAUGGGACCAUCUCGUCAAGUCAGACGUGCAGUUGUCCGUUGUUUCUCUGCCCUGGUUUCUCUCGCUCUAUAUUAACUCUAUGCCUUUAAUCUUUGCUUUCCGCGUUCUUGAUGUCUUCUUUCUCGAAGGCCCAAAAGUUCUGUUCCAAAUCGGCCUGGCUAUCUUACGCAUCAACGGCGAGGAGCUACUCGAUACUACUGAUGAUGGCGCUUUCAUAUCAGUCUUGAAGUCGUACUUUUCGAGACUCGACGAAUCAGCUCAUCCAAAAUCAGACAACCCCAAACUACGAGCCGUGACGCGCUUCCAAGAGCUCAUGGUCGUAGCCUUCAAGGAGUUUGCCGGGAUCACACAAAACACAAUCUCGGAGCAACGGGCGAAGCACAAGGACGCCGUGCUAGAGAACAUUGAGAGCUUUGCUAAGCGCACAUCAAUACGAAAUCUGGCUUCAGACAGCAAGAAACUAAGCGUCAAUGAUCUUAGCUUCUUGUAUGACAAAUUCUAUGCGGUACUGUAUGAACGCCAGCAACGAGCUGAGAUUAUGCAACAAGAGGCCGAGCGCAAAGCGAAGGCGAGCAGGAUGAAGGCAACUGAGGUCGUCACCGGUAUUGCUGCCAACGCGGAGAAGGGUCGUGUAGCCCUGGGGCCUAGUCCUACACAGAUGGACUACGAUGCCUUCAGAGAAUUCCUCGCCGGCAUCGCCAAAUGGGCAAUUACUGAUUCGCCAAGCCCGCCAUCUGAGAGUUCAACAAACCAGGCUACACAUUCGUACUUUGGUAAUAGCAUGAAAAAGCGACCGCCAAUGUCACCAUGGGGAUCAGGGCCGGAGCCUGCAGAUCAUGAAUUCAUGCGACGCUUGUUCCGACGCUGGGAUGUAGACAUGACAGACUCACUAUCGUUGCAGAAUGUCGUCACCGGGUUUGCCCACGUCAAAGGUACCAAGGACAUCAUGUCCAAUAUCAGCUAUUUCUUCGAGCUCUACGAUGACGACGGUGAUGGAAGAGUAGACCGCGAGGGAAUUCUGAGAAUCUCGGAAGCUCUCUUGUUUUUGUCGCGAAGAGGAGUCCAAAGUCCGUCUGCUUCCUCGCUUGACGUGAGCCUGGAAACAAGUGCGGAGCGGGCCGGUCGCGACGAACAAUUCCUGAGCAGUGUAUCUGCAUUCAUUCGUAACUGCUUCGAAUACGCUGACCCUGACCAUCCGUCUAAUCAGACCAACCGAGGGGUGGACGAGCUCAAGGACGACGUGGAUAAGUUUGCCAUCGGUGACGAUGAUGAAGACGAUCUCAUCGACUUUGGCUCCGAGCCUGGCACGCCCAAAGCUACAAGCACAAGCUUUGAUAAGUUGGCCAAGAGCCCACUAUCACCAACACCCUCAAACCACACAACAGCAUCAGAGAUUGCUGAGCGCGAUGAGAAAGCCAAGAUUGCAAACCUCGCUUUAGACCCUAACAAGCCUUUACACAUAACCCUGCCGACGUUCCGCAUGGUCAUUCUGGCAGAUGAGGCACUAUUGAACUUUUUCGAGGUCGGAUUCUCUUCCUCAUUCCGUCUCGCUGAUGAGACGCUUCCUUCCGCUUCGAGCUUCCACAAUCUCACCACUUUUGCCAACGCCGGAAGGCAUGGCAGCACUAGUGGUCUCAGUGGUGUGGUUGGUGGUGCUGGCGCAGGCGUGGUGCCACCUGGCAAAGGCCUUCGAGGUAUGCUCGACAAUAUUGUUAAUGAUGGAAUGCGUGUCGCGACAGAAGUCAGGAGACGAUACGACGAAGCGCAGAAAGAAUUGGACAAGGAGGCCAAGCACGGACGGGAGGAUGAGGAAGAUGAGGAAGAUGUUGAUGCGAAGGAUCUGGAUUUGCUCGAAGGUGCCGAGACGGCCGAUGUGGGCGUAUCCAAGGCUGAAGUGCUACCCGAUCUACUAUCACCAGGUACUGCAGGUGAGACUGUAGAGACGACGAGAAAUCGAUCGGCGAGUGAUGCUAGUAGAAAGGUGCUAGAGUUUGAGGCUUCUCAACGGUAGUACUAUAGAUUCUAGAUAUUUGCAGCGUUUCAAGUUUUCUAUGGAGUUGAGGUAGCCAUGUUAGUAUAGUACUCUCUUGUUGGGACUGGGCAGGUCAGGUACUAGCGACUUUGCGCCUUCACAGCAAACACAUAUUUCUACAAAGCCGGGAGCGCGUCAGUGUGAGUUUGAAAUACAGAUAGGUUGCACA